AUGGAGAACAAAACAUUUGCACAUCAAUUUAUUCUCAUUGGGUUAUCUACCAAUCCAUACAUUCAGCCACUAUUGUUUAUCAUCUUAUUAUUGAUGUACAUAGUGACGGUUCUGGGGAAUAGUCUGAUCAUUAUAAUUGUAAGGCUUGUCACCCAGCUACAGACUCCUAUGUACUUCUUUCUCAGUAACCUCUCAUUAAUUGAUCUGUGCUUCUCCACUACCAUUGUGCCAAAGCUACUAAUAAACACUUUGUCUAAAGACAAGAGUAUUUCUUUCUUGGGAUGUGCAGCCCAGAUGUAUUUCCAUUUGGCAUUAGGUGGAACAGAAUGCAUAAUAUUGGCAAUCAUGGCCUAUGAUCGGUACAUAGCCAUCUGCAAACCUUUAUUGUACUACACCAUCAUGAAUAUGAGGCUCUGUGUAAUAUUGUCAGCCAUAACAUGGAUUUUUAACUUCCUAAACUCUAUCUUCUAUGCAUUCAUCACCUUUCAACUUCCUUACUGUAGGUCCAACCAUGUUAAUCAUUACUUCUGUGAGAUGCCACCACUUUUACGACUUUCUUGUAAAGACACUUUGUGGAAUGAAAUAGCUGUGUACAUCUCAGGGGCGGUUGUAGGCUUUUGUGCAUUUAUGUUGACUCUACUGUCCUAUGUGCAAAUUAUUUCUACCAUCUCAAAGAUGCACUCCACCAAAGGGCGGAAGAAGGCCUUUUCUACAUGUACCUCCCAUCUCUGUGUUGUCUCACUAUACUAUGGUACCAUUGUCUUUAUGUAUUUAAGGCCUCGAGGCAGUUAUUCUGUGAAACGAGACCGAAUAGUGUCUAUUCUCUACACGGUGGUGACACCUAUGGUUAAUCCCAUAAUUUACAGUAUUAGAAACAAUGAAGUUAAAGUAACUUUAAAGAAGAUACUGCAGCAAAGAAAAAACACAAGGUUAUAA